AUGCGUUAUGCUCUGAUCGAGUUCAGGUUGUCAUUCCAAUCAGAGUCGAACUACGUGGUGUUUUACAAGCCCGAAAAGAAUAGCAUCCUUGCUGACGCGCUUUCUCGGCGUCCCGAUUACGACUACGACGCGACGAUGGCCAUUAGCCAGGUAUGCCCGAUGAUGAAGACAAUGACAUUUGAUUGUGCUGUACCGAACUGGUGGUCAAUGCAAUGGUCUCGACACGAGUGCUAUCGGUCUCAGAUCGCUGAGUCGUAUGAUUCCUUCUACUCAAAAAUUAUCUACUUUCUUCGGCACCCUAGUGAAGUGUCACUCGCGAAAAUGACGUUUACUAAAGCGUGA